AUGGCCAUGGCGGCGCGUUGCAACACGCCUAGUGUCAACCUCCUAUCCCUCCUCCUCCUCCUCCUCCUCUCCAGCGCACUCCUCGUCACCGCCGCCGGCAACUCCGCCAAGGACGCCUGCUCCAAGGCGCCAGACCAGCAGUUCUGCGUGGCCUUCCUGGCAGGCAUCCCGGAGAGCAUGACGGUGGACGCGCGCGGGCUGGCGGAGCUGGGCAUCCGUGCCGCGGCCAAGAUCGGCGCCGCGGAGGGCACGGCCGCGCGCACCCAGCUGAACCUGGUCACGAUCAAGGGCCCGCAGUGGCAGUGCAUGGACUCGUGCGUCGCCGACGUGGAGGAGGCCGUCUCCCACCUCGACGUCGACAGGGGCAAGGGCGGCGUCACCGCCAUGGACGACGCCAAGUUCAACGACGCGCGCGACUACGUGGAGAGCGCCGAGAAGGACGGGCUGACGUGGAACUGCGACCAGUGCCGGGAUGGCCUCACGGCGCCCGUCAAGACCGGGCUGCUACCCAAAGGCAACGAGUUCGAGAAGGUCAUGGGGGCCGUCACUGCCCUCAUCAAGCGGGCCGGUGGGAGCGCCGCGCCGGCGCCAGCGCCCGGCCCGUCCUGA